UUGCGUUCCCUGUGCGUAGGAAGCGAUCCCCUGCGUGACUGGGUUGCUCGGGUUAGAGCGUCAGGUGAGGGAGAAAGAGAUAGCCAGCGCGAAGGAAGUGCUAGAGUCGUGUGUUUUGGCUGCGCGUGAUCCUGCGUGGGUCGGGAGGUGUUUCUGUGUAGGUGUCUGGCCCUUUCAUCAGUCGUGCGGAGUACCGCGUGAUUUCCUUCCAGUUCUCGGUUUUCGGGUGGUGGCGCCAUCUUCGGUAAAGGGUGCCCACCUCUCCCUAAGGAAGAGCCUAAAGAUUAGACUGUAAGAAAAGAAAAUAGAAGCAGCCAUGUUUCGAAGACCUGUAUUACAGGUACUUCGUCAGUUUGUAAGACAUGAGUCCGAAACAGCUAGCAGUUUGGUUCUUGAAAGAUCCCUGAAUCGUGUGCAUUUACUUGGGCGAGUGGGUCAGGACCCUGUCUUGAGACAGGUGGAAGGAAAAAAUCCAGUCACAAUAUUUUCCCUAGCAACUAACGAGAUGUGGCGAUCAGGGGACAGUGAAGUUUACCAAUUGGGUGAUAUCAGUCAAAAGACAACAUGGCACAGAAUAUCAGUAUUCCGGCCAGGCCUCAGAGACGUGGCAUAUCAGUAUGUGAAAAAGGGGUCUCGAAUUUAUUUGGAAGGGAAAAUAGACUAUGGUGAAUACAUGGAUAAAAAUAAUGUGAGGCGACAAGCAACAACAAUCAUAGCUGAUAAUAUUAUAUUUCUGAGUGACCAGACGAAAGAGAAGGAGUAGAAAGGAUGAUUCUUCUUUGGCCAUCAUUUGGUACAGUCUCAUUUCCAAGUCAUGUAUAAUCUUUAUCGCUCCCAAGAAGAAGAAUUAAAAUACUCCUUUACAUAAAA